GGAGGUAGUUUUCUUUGGGAGAAGGGCUUUUGCCUAAGGUCGGUCCCACAAUCAAAGGAAGUCCAAAAUAUGCCAGGAGUCUCCAGCUCCUUCCCCGCCCUCUCCUGCCUCCCCAACCUUUUCAGCUGUCUAAUCUAUCCCGAAAAGUGUGGAAGAGUUAUUUCCCGUCCUCGGGGAGGGGGGAGGAGGGAAAGAGACAUUUUCUAGCCUGUUUCCUAUAAGCGCUUUUCCGUUUCCAUAAAUUAUACCCAAGGCAACACGUUAAAGAAUCCCUGAAGGAAGAGGCCUGUCUUAAAUCUCCUAUUCCUGAGGAGUGCGUGGAGGGUGGUUAUUAGCCAUGCAGCAGGCCGCUAGGAAGGACUGUGGGACCGAAGCACUUGCUCCAGCGUUUGGGGUUGGAGGUUAGGAGUAUUUAGGGCUGAGUGAUGGCCCUGGGUUUCAAUGGCGCGGCCAGGGAUUCGAUUUUGUAAAUACACUCGUCGUCACAAGUCUAGUGGGAAAAGGGUUUCCGCGCCCUUGGUGCCUCCUGCUUUUCCCCAGCACGUUAUUCUCACGCCUGAAUGCCAGCGACAGUUAGUUGUAUCGCGCGGAUAAGUCAAACGCGCUUAAUUAAAACAAAGCUGAAAAUAAAUGCAGCCAAUGAGAACCCAAUUGUGACGCAUUUUCCCCCGCUCAUUUAUGUGAUCAACGCAAUUAGCUGAGGCCCAAGCCAGCCCCUUUCACCUCUUAAAUGCAUUAUUAUAGAGUUCAAGCAUAAAUUCAUGCAUCUGGUUAUCGGAGGUGGGGGUGGGAAGGAAUCUUCCGGCUGCCUCAGUUGAGCGAACAAAUCUUCCCUGAGGGCCCCGAUUUCCUAGUGCCCAACCCGAGAAGCCCAGACCGAAGUACUCGGGUCUCCGCGGACACUAGUUAUCAAUUUCUUGCAAAUUUAAUCAGAGAUUGGAGGAGGGGAGGACGAGAGAGGACGGAAGGGUGUGUGUGAUGUGAUUAACCGCACACACCCAGGAGGAGAGGUGCCCCUAAUUUUCACCCCACCCCCCCACCCCCAGUUUAACCCAAUGAUUAGACAGGCGCUAAGUACUUGAGUAAAUUGAAUCAGACUCUUACACGCCUCUGAGGGACACACAGCAAUCUGUUUAUAAAAAUGACUUGUAAUUAAUUUUGCUUCUCCCCACCCCACUCAUCUCUCCUUUUUUUUUUUUUUUUUUUGGUGGGGGGGGCGCUAAGAUGAAGAUUUCCUAACGUUUUUUCUUUUUAAAGUGAAAAGCGCGAUUCUUGGGGCAAACUCGUACCAGUAGGGGGCGCACCAACCCCGUAGCUGAAACCCGUGGCGCAGAAAAGCCGACCGAGGCCACCUCGGGUUGGGCUCCCGCCGCCCUCCCAGAGGCCUCCCCCACCCCCACCCCAACCCCCAACCGCCUCCUUUGACUGGUCUCUGGGCGUGUUGAAGUAUUUCUCCAUUUUAAAGUGGACAAUCUCCAGGGGUCCUACAUCUCCCUCCCCCCUUCAAAGGAGCAUUGGUUUAUAACACCCAAACUUUAGAAAAAUAAGUAGUGUUUCCCCCCACUUUCUUUGAAGGGAUGGGGGAGCUGGAUUUAAGGGAAUUCUGAAAGUGCCCCCUCCACACAUCGAUUUGUGGAUUUACCCCACCCCCACCCCCACCCUGUAUUGUCCAAGAUAGUUUACGACAGAAGCGGACUGAGCAGGGGGGAGUUUGGGGGUAUUUUGAAGGGAGGGAGCCAAGACUUCUCUUCCUCCCCAGUAAUCCUGACUUCUGUUGAAUGAAUUAAUGCAAUAGAUGGAACGUGGCCGGGAGCUAGCGAUCUGUAGGUUUUCCCACCCGAGAAGGGCGGGGGGUGGGGGGGGAUAUGUUAGAGUGUUAAAGGAGAAAAAAAAUAAAUAACCCUGAUGGUUUAAGUCCUUUAUAAGCCACAAAUAGCAUGAGGUUGUUGCUUCUUUUUUUCCUUUGUAGUCAAGUGCAUUUUAGCCACAAAGAUCCCAACAAGAGAGUGGAAGGAAACUUAGAGCGGGCUUUGUUUGCCUGCGUGUACUGACAACAAGAGAAACAAAACUACCUAUUUGUAACGGACGUGCUCCCAUUUCUCUACGCAUUGAGCUCCCACCUAUUGAAAUCUUUACAUCGGGACAAUGGAAGAGCGGCUAAAAUUACCCUCCUGGGUCCACUGAGAGCAAAAUUCCCGAGACCCUCCGGUCCAGUCCCCCUCCCACCUACCUCCCCCCCCACACACACUUCUCGUCCUCUCUCUUCUCCACUCCUUCCUCCCCUCCCCUCCCCUCCCCUUUUCCAGGUUUUUUUUUUUUUUUUUUUUUUUUUGGUGCACCGCCUGUUCUUUGCCUUUCCUCCCCUGACCCUGCAUGGGCCUUGGUAGACCUCACCCCACCCUGACCUUCCAGCCCCGGGGAACCCAGUCCCAAGCGGACUGUUGAGCCAAAAGAAGGGGAGGGGGUGCGGUGCAGACUUUGAGGGAGUGAGUGACAGGACAAAAGGAAAGGGUGAUAAAGUUUGGGUUGUGGGAACUGUGUUUGAGGAGUUUUAAAAAUCAUAGCACGUUAGAACUUGGGAGUUGUGUUCUGUCUGAUCCCAGUUCUCUAGGUCUGAAGAACGUUAAUCUAAUUCCCUUCUUCCUCCUCCUCCUUUUCCCUCUUUCUGUCUUCUCUCCCUCCCCCUUCGUUCAUUAGAGUUAUGCAUCCCCUACUUUUUUUUUUUUUUUUGAGAGGGACACACUGAAAUUCUUCUAAUAAGCUUAAGAGAAAAGAGAGGAGGGGAAUGAAGGAAUAUGGGGCUAGGUUUGUGGCUUUUUUUUUCCUCCUUUUCCUCACUGUUUGAAUGGAUUAAGGAUUGGGCGGGUGGGGGCGGGGCGGGGCCAUAACCAGGGGAAGGGAGGAGGAGGGGAGGAGGAGCAGAAGGAGAAUGAAUUAGAUAUGAGAUACCUACAAUUUCUUAAUAACAAAGCGUAUAAGGGGUGUCCCGGCUACUAGGGAUGCAUCGCUCUGAAACUUGGCAGGAAUAAGCUUAUAAAUAUUUCCUAAACCCGGAAGGAAAGUGAGUGCAAAGAUGGUCUUAGGACAGACAGUCCUACUUUCCCAGCUCCUUUUCAGAAAUCACAGUGAGAUGACAAAGACAGAGAAAGCAAGCUAAAGGGACAAAUUGGAUCUUGGAGGGGGGGAUGAUGGGAGAGGGGAACCUAUAGUCCGAUGGGCCUUGUAGCUAAUUCUCUCGGUAGUUAUAGAGAAAGUGCCAAUUAGAGGAGAACGAACAAGAAUGGGUACACCAAAUCUCUAUGACCCUUUUGUGAAAUACUGAUGGGAGACUUGCAUUAAGUGUGUCCCCCCCCCACUCCCAUCCCUUAACUCCUCAAUCUCCUUCACCCAACACUCAACUUCCCAAAAUCAAUACCAAGUUUGAAGGGGGAAAAGCCCAAGGCAGCCACAAUACUGUUUACCCUCUUCCUCCGAAAAGGCGUGUGGUGUGACCUGUUGCAGCGAGAGGGAUACAAAGGUUUCUUAGUGGCUGGCUGGCUGGCGGUGGGAUCCGCCUCCCCCUCCCCCAGGGCCGCGGAAGGUUCCGCGGCGCGGCAAACCCCGCCCCCUUUCAUGCAAAACCAGCCGGAGAGGCUUGUCCUGUGUGGAGGAGCCGGAGCGCGCUGAUUGGUCCGGGGAAACCCAUUUAUUCCCUGACAGCCCCCAUCACAUGGAUGGUUGUCUAUUAACUUGUUCAAAAAAGUCUCAGGAGUUGUCAAGGCGGAGAAGAGAGUGUUUGCAAAAGGGGGCAAAGUAGUUUGCUGCCUCUUUAAGACUCGGAGGAGAGAGAACAAGCAAGAAGAGAAGGAGAGCGAGAAAGAAAGAGAGGAAGAGAGAAAGAGGGGGAGAGAGAAAGAAGUUUUGAGCCUCGGGCUCAAAGGAGCGUUUCACCCAAAUAAUAAUAACAAUAAUAACAGCGGCGGCGGCAACGGCGGCGGCGGCGGCGGCGGCGGCGGCGGUGGUGGCAGCGGCGGCGGUAGCGGCAGCGGCAGCAGCAGCCAGUGGAGUAUUUUUUUCUUCCUGAUCCUGCUUCCAGGUCGUCUUCUUGCUCUGCGUUUUUAAUCGCUCGUCUUAUUUUGUUGGAGGCGCGCACUCCCGACCCCCCCACCCUCUUCCUCCUCCCCUCCUCCCCUCCCCCCGCCCUCGGGCCCCCCGAAAAGUCUCGCCGGCCCGUCCGGGACGCCCGAGGCCGGCCCGGGGAGGUCGGGGGCCCGCGGAGCGCGCGAUCGAGGGAGCGGCGCGAUGUACAACAUGCUGGAGACCGAUCUCAAGCCUCCCGGCCCGCAGCAAACUUCGGGGGGCGGUGGCGGCGGCGGUGGAGGAGGCGGCGGUGGCGGCGGCCCCAACUCCACGUCGGCGGGCGGCACGAACCAGAAGAACAGUCCGGACCGCGUAAAACGGCCCAUGAACGCUUUUAUGGUGUGGUCCCGCGGGCAGCGGCGUAAGAUGGCCCAGGAGAACCCCAAGAUGCACAACUCGGAGAUCAGUAAGCGGCUGGGCGCCGAGUGGAAGCUGCUGUCCGAGGCCGAGAAGCGGCCCUUCAUCGACGAGGCCAAGCGGUUGCGCGCCUUGCACAUGAAGGAGCAUCCGGACUACAAGUACCGGCCGCGCCGGAAAACCAAGACGCUGCUCAAGAAGGACAAAUACACGUUGCCCGGCGGCCUGCUGGCUCCCGGAGGCAACAGCAUGGGCGGCGGCGUCGGCGUCGGGGCCGGCGGCCUGGGCGGCGGCGUGAACCAGCGCAUGGACAGCUACGCGCACAUGAACGGCUGGAGCAACGGCGGCUACGGCAUGAUGCAGGAGCAGCUGGGCUACCCGCAGCACCCGGGUCUCAACGCGCACAACGCGGCGGCGGCGGCGGCGGCCGCGGCCGCGGCGGCCCAGAUGCAGCCCAUGCACCGCUACGACGUGAGCGCCCUGCAGUACAACUCCAUGACGAGCUCGCAGACUUACAUGAACGGCUCGCCCACCUACAGCAGCAUGGCGUACUCGCAGCAGGCCGCCCCCGGCGGCGGAGCUGGCGGAGGCGGCGGCGGCGCCAUGGCCCUGGGCUCCAUGGGCUCCGUGGUCAAGUCGGAGGCCAGCUCCAGCCCCCCUGUGGUCACCUCGUCGUCGCACUCCAGGGCGCCCUGCCAGGCCGGGGACCUGCGGGACAUGAUCAGCAUGUACCUGCCCGGCGCCGAGGUGCCCGAGCCCGCGGCGCCCAGCAGACUUCACAUGUCCCAGCACUAUCAGGGCGCGCCGGUGCCGGGCACGGCCAUCAACGGCACGCUGCCCCUGUCGCACAUGUGAGCCCCGGAGCCCUACGGGGCAGGAACAAUUUUUUUUUAAGGAAAAGGAAAAAAAACAAAAGAGACUUGUAUGGCAUAGAGAAAGGGGCCCACCGCACCACGGGAUGGGAGGGGGGGAAAUUCCCCACCAUCUACAGCAAUGACAACUGCAAAGAAGAACUUAGACACACACACACUCAAACACACACACACACACACACACACCACACACGACAAAACAACAAAACAAACCCAACAACCACCGCAACACCAAGAAGAAAACUUUUAUUGAGAGAUUCCGGACUUCUUUUUGGGGGGACUAUUUUUGUACAGAGAACUUGGGGGAGGGGGAGACAAAAAGGGGGCUUGUAUAAAUCUCUGAAGGGAAGAAAACUACACAAAACUUUUUAAAAAGUUCUAGCGUGGACGGUAGGAGCUUUGCAGAAAGUUUGCAAAAGUCUUUACCCAUAAUAUUUAGACCUAGUCUCCAAGUGACGACGAAAAAAAUGUUUUAAUAUUUGCAAGCAACUUUUGUACAGUAUUUAUCGAGAUAAACAUGGCAAUCAAAAUGUCCAUUGUUUCUAAUCUGAAAAUUUGCCGAUAUUUUUCAAAAGAAUCUUCUUGCAGAAUUUCCGAUCACUGCAACUGGGAUUUGGGGCAGUUGCAAACGAGAGAGGAGGGAAUUAAUUUCAAUUUGGACAUUUUAAUUGUUUAGAAAUCGUACAAAAGGAGAAAAAAAGGUUAGGAUACUUGCAAAAAAAAAUCACUUUCGUGGUUUUUUUUUAAUAAAAGGGCAAAAUCUAGGUUGUACUCUUUUUUUUUUUAUUGUUAAGAGAAAAAGCAAAAGCUGGCCCCUCCAUACAGGCUGCCACGGCUGGUAAUUUAUAAUAGCAUUUAUUUCCAAACUUUUCAUUCUGUUUCAAUUUGAAGACAAAUUAAAAAACAAAAAAGGAAAAAAAAAAAACGGCGAGAGCGACCUGAAAUUACUGUGUUUGAAAUAUUUUCUUAUGGUUUGUAAUAUUUCUGUAAAUUUAUUGUGAUAUUUACGGUUUUUUUUUCCUCCCUCAUUUUUGGUAGUUGUAUUUUAAAACUCGGCUGACCCUGUGUUUCUUUAAACCAGUCUACCGAGCGUCCAUGUACAUAUAUUUGAACUAAUCCCGUCCUUAUAACAGGUACAUUUUCAACUUAAGUUUUUAUUCCAUUAUGCACAGUUUGAGAUAAUAAAUUUUUGAAAUAUGGACACUGAAA